AUUCAAAUCAAAAAGUGACACCUUCAUAUAUUCUAGAUUCAUUACACAUCAAGUGAAACAUUUCAAGCAUUUUUUGUUCCAAUCUUGAUGAUAACAGCUUACAGCUCAUGGAAAUCAAAAAUCCAGUAUCUCAAAAUAUUAGAAUAAAACUAAUACACUAGUACACUACAGAAAUGCCGACCUGAGUAUAGCUCAAAUCAGCUAAUUAACUCAAAACACCUGCAAAGGUUUCCUAAGUAUGUUAAUUAAGGCACUCAAUACUUAGUCAGGGCUCCUUUUGCACUGAUUACUGCAUCAAUGCGGCGGUGCCUCCUCUGGUCACUCGUGUGGAGUCUAGUCGUGCUCUGGAGAGGAAACUCUGGAGAUCUUUCCCAGAGAAGUACGACUGUAAUCUGUGGGUUCCUUCUCCAAUGUGAGUUGUAUUUCGGGGACCAGCCGAUAUCCGACUAUGAGAAGGAGACCGUGAUAAUCACCCUUCUCACUGGGCGCACCCUUGAAUGGGCUACGGCACCUUGGGACAGUGGUUCCGGAGAUUUGAGGGUGUUUCCCGGUUCAUGGCCCAGUUUUGUUCCGUAUUCGACCAUCCGGCAGAGGGCAGGGAUGGGGGCGAGCGACCCCUUUUGGUGGAACCAGAGCCUAUGGAGCUGGGAAUCACCAGACCCGUCAGAGGAGAGAGAACGCUGGAGUAGUCAGGGGCUGUGUCUGUUCUGCAGGGAGAGAGGGCAUGGAGAAGGGGGGCUCCUUGGCCCAGACACAGAGCAGGAAAGGGCCCUGAUUGACUCCAGAGCUGCAGGGAGCUUCAUCGACCAGUCUCUGGUUACUGCCCUACCGUUGCUGUUGCGCCGUUUGAGGUCCUCAAUUCCCAUACAAGCACUGGGUGGUCGUCCUGUGGGGUCCGGCUCCAUAACCCACGUGACCUGCCCUGUCACUCUUACCAGCAACGGCUGCCAUCGAGAGAGACUGGAACUACUGGUGCUGUUCCGUGGCCUUCGGUGGCUUCAAAAGCACAACCCCAUCAUCACCUGGAGUAAGCGGAAAGGUUCUUGGAUGGUCGAUGAGGUACUGGAAAGCUUGCCUUGCUUAACAGGGUGUUCUCCAGCAAAAAGGCCAGGUGUCUCCCUGGGAGAGCAGGUGUACAUUCGUCGCUACUCUUCCCCUGCUUCAGCCAGCUUCUAUUUUGUGAAGAAGGACGGGGGGCUGAGGCCUUGUAUAGACUAGAGAGGACUGAACUCCAUUACUGUGAAGUACCGCUAUCCCAUGUCCCUCUUUCCAUUGGCCAUAGAACGUCUUCACCUCUGGAGCACAUACAAUCUCAUACGUAUCUGGGAUGGAGACGAGUGGAAAACAGCAUUCAGCACAGCGUUGGGCCACUACGAAUACCUGUGAUGCCAUACAGGCCAGCCAAUGAGCUGGCGGUGUUCCAGGGUUUUCUCAAUGAAGUGUUCCAGGAUAUGUUGGAGAGGUACGUAGUAGUGUAUAUAGAUGACAUCUUGAUUUACUCUCCAACAUACUCACAACACACACCACCACCGUUUC